AUGGUCAAGGCUGCAGCUGCUGUGCUGCGACCUCCUUCAGUUCAUUCUGAGUGGCAAAUAAUGCAACAGGAGGCAAAGAAUGCAACAGGAGGCAUAGAACCACUAAUGCGGUAUCAGAAUGGGAUGUUGUUGCACUUUAUGUCUGAUGUAAAUACCAAGGAGGGAAAGUUUCCAUCCAUGUACCCAGGGGCUGCUAGGAAGGCAUCAUCCACACCCUUCUUCCUCACUGAGCAGGAGCAGCAGCUGAACCAGGUGGAAAAACUGAAACUUCAGCUACAGAUGAUGACCAAUGACAGGAAUGAACUGCAUGAAUUCCUGGCCCAUUGCAACAAUGAGUUGAACAACAGGCUGAAUUCGGAGAAUGAGAUGCAGAACACAGAGCAUAAGAAGGAUAUGUCAGAUGUGAAGAAAUUACCCAAGGAAAUUAGUGAGGCCUUGUACAAGUGCACAGAGCUGAGUGAGAAGACCAAAAUCUACCGCACCCUCUACAGUCAGCACCUGAGUGAACAGACUCAGCUGAAAGAAAAAGUGAGAAUGUUGCUAGAGGACAAGAAAAAGCUGCAGGGGGAGCAGAUUUUACUACAAGAGUCCUGUGAGGAGGCAAAGAGGCUCUGUGAAGAGGCCCAUGAGAAGAUCUAUGACCUCUGGACAAGGCAGCUGCAGGAACAUCAAAGACUUGAGGAAGAUCUUCAGUCCCUGAUGAAGCAGAAGGAGCUGCUCACCCGGCAAAGGGACUUGGCAGUAAAGCUGCAGCAUCACUUCACUGUGUCCCAGAUGAGGUAGGAGCCCAGGCUUCCAGAAGCAGGUGGAUCCAAGUGGGUCCACUGUACCUGGAUCUCUGUACUCUUUGAGUUUUGUCAAUUGGCAAAGCUGUCAGCCACGGGCAGGGAAAGAAACCCUCAGAGUGUCGUUGCUGGCUCAGUCAACAGGAAUUAUGACCAGGAAACAAUUGCUUCCCCUCGGUCUCAUGGGGUCUGUGUCCCCUUCUUCCUUUCUGAGAACUCUUGUAUGCUCUAGUAUCUCAUCUCUUAGAUUAGAUCUCCCCGCAAAUAUUCCCAUGGCAGCCAGAAACGUGGAAAGGAGGAUCAUUGAUCAUGAAGGAAAGUGUGUCCCCUGCAUCUUUUCCAUCAGGAACUUCACGUUUAGAGAGAAGUGUCCACCUUUUGCAAAUCUGCAAAAAGCACACUCCUGCUGAUUGCAGGCUCUCUGCAGUGUUUAUCAGUUUCUCAUGAGAAGAUUUACUUUUGGUCAUAAACAGAGUAGGA